CAGCGACUCGCCGUCCGCUCUGGUGUGCCUCCCCGGAAUUCAAGUGCACGAACACGAUUGACGGACAAACCCCCCGUCUGUCUCUGCAGCUGCAGCUGUGUCUGCAUUGUGUGUGCGUUGGUGACAGCUACCUAUCGACGCGCGUUCAAAAAUCGCUAGGCAGCGCGUGUGCGCUGGUCGGGAAGUGUGAGAAGUGUGACAGAUCGGCUGUGCUUGUAGUAUGAGUCAACCAGCGAGCGCAGGAACAUUGUCAGGAGUUGGGGCCUCUGAAGCCGGUGACGGGGAUCAAAGUGGACACACGCGCAUCGUCUCUGGAGAUGAGCCUCGAGAAUUCCUUCGAUAUCCGUUUUCAGACACAGAGGAGUCGACAGAUGAUUUGGUAACAGGGGAGCUGGGCGUUAGUAGAGAUGAAGAGGAAUCUCCAAGACUCCGGCCUACGGAUGAUGCAGAUGACUCCGAAGGGGUGGCGGAGUACAGCUUAGCUGAAGCAGACGGCGCUUUGAGAAACCAACAAGCCAUAAAGAGUGGUUACUUGAUGAAGAAAGGAGAGAAGCGAAGGACAUGGAAGCGGCGCUGGUUUGUGUUGCGGCCAACUAGGUUUGCAUAUUAUCAAAAUGAUAAGGAAUAUGAAUUGCUGAAAAUCAUCGACUUGAAGGACAUACAUGCGAUUGCGGAAGUGGAGUUGAAGAAACGGAAGCAUGUCUUCGGAUUAGUAACCCGUGAAAGAACGUAUUAUGUGCAGGCAUUGUCAAGAGAGGACAUGGAAGAGUGGCUUCGGGUGCUUCGGACCGCGCAACGGCAAGCACAUGCUGACGCAAGUCGAGCGCCGUCCAGUUCUGGGACGCGGAAUGACGGGCUGACUGUUCAAACGGGUUCAUCUCAUACUGGCCCAUCACAAAAUUCUACGGCUCCUUCAAGUCCCGUCCGGCCCGCAACCCGAACAAGCACCACCAAUGGUCCGUCACCUCGUCCAGACGUUACAGCGGACAGUAGCUCCCAAGCCUCACAUCAGGACUCUGUCGGUACGGCUGAUUCAUUCCUAACAGUGACAACGACCCCUUCCUCCAUAUUCAGUGCUUACGCCAUAUCAGCGACGGAUUCAACACCUAGCAGUGUAAUUCCUUAUGUACCCUCUGCACCAACUCAAAUCGACGCCCCUUCAAGAGCAGUUGCAAGAAUGCGCUUCUCUGGCUCACCGCCGCUGGAUGCAGUACCCGCUGCGCACGCACAACGAUCCCCGACUGCAGAAUAUACCCCAGUUGAAGCUACCUCCAUUGCUUCAACUCCGUCCAACUGGCGACCGGAGCUAUCGAGUAGCGACGACGAUGCCGAUGAAGAGGGAGAGGCCUCUGUAGAUGGAUCUGCGAAUGAUGAUCGUGUCGUGAUGCAAGGGUACUUGGAAAAACGAGUAACAAACAAUUACAAGAAGCUUGCAACGCAGAAAGGGUGGAAGAAACGAUGGUUUGUUUUACGAAAUGGGAGGCUGUUUGGGUACAAGAAUGAUGGGGAGUAUGUUGUCAAGCGUCUUAUUCCGCUGCGAUCGGUUCUGGACGUGUUGGAAAUCGAUCCUCAAGGCAAAAAUCACUUGUUCUGUUUUAAAGUGGUCUUGCCUAAAAGACAAAUGGUACUAUGUGCGGGUUCUGAGGAGGAUAUGAAAAGGUGGAUAGAAGCGCUCAGAAGUGUGCAUCAGGCUGUGAGAAAACCUAGCGACUCUCGCAUGUCACCAUAAUUGAGUAUAUCGUCAUAUUGUAAUUAAAAUGCAUAAGCAUAUGUAUGUAGUAAGCUAAAAAGGUGAUGGCUUUGGUUCAUAGAGAGAAAGAAAUGAUACAUUGCCACCGUCAACUAUCCCAA